AUGAAAUACACACAAAUUAGUCGUUUCGUGGCGUUGGGUGCCAUACUGGUAUCGACUGCCACUGCCGCAUACUUUCCCGGUGGUCUUCUUUCUACCAAGUAUACCUCAUUCGAUAAGCGUACCAUACCUGUAGCAGGUAGUGAUGGUAUCUGCUACACCUACACUGUUUUAGCGGCAGACACCUGUGCCAGUAUUGCCAAGGCCUUCGACAUCACGGUGGCCGAGAUCGAAGAGUACAACUCCGAUGUGUAUGCCUGGUUUGGCUGUGACAAUUUGUAUCAAGGAGCCUUCAUUUGUCUGAGUCCCGGGUCUCCUGCUAUGCCUGUUGCUCUUCCGCACGCUAUAUGCGGACCCCAGGUACCAGGAACAGUACGACCUGCUGAUAUGUCCAAGUCCAAUCUUGCUUCUCUGAACCCUUGCGUCUCAGAGGAUUGUUGCUCAAUUGAUGGUCGGUGUGGAACUACCUCGGCAUACUGUAGUUCAUCAGUUUGUAUCUCCAAUUGCAACGCAAAAGCCGCGAGCGCAGCGACUACGAGUAAAACUUCCAAAUCAUCAACGACCAGCAAGAUCUCCACGAAAUCAACUACCACUUUAUCAAAGACUACAAGCACGACAUCCACCAAGUCAUCCCCCUCAUCAACAAAGACUACGUCAUCGCAAGAGAAAGAAACAGUGACCGAAACAGCCUCCGCGGCCUCGGCGACACAUACGUGGUCUAUAGCAAUAUAUGACAAAUCCAAUUGCGAUGCAGGUGGAACAGGCUAUUAUGUUGUUGGAGGGUUCAAUACCAACACAAGGACUAGAUGUUUAGUCUUAAGCGGAGGUGACUUGACCACUGACGAUAGUGGCCCUGACCCGUGGUGCCAAUGGUAUUCUGGUGGUGGCCACAGUGGCUAUAAGAGUUGCGGAUCGUCCACACUUACCGUGCCCGGGUCCUAUUUUAUCUCAGCUGGUCAGUGUUGGACCUAUUCGGAUGAUGCUUGCCAGGAUUAUUCGGGGCAAAUAAAUAACCCGAAUAUCGGGUGUCAACAUUAUCUUUUAACGAGCUGGAACCCUAAGACUAUUGGCUCUAUGGAAUGUGCGUAUAUCAUGUGA